AUGCCGAAACCUAAACCCGUCGAAGACUUGAUUAUACCACCGCAAGACCAAAAGAUAUGUGGUACGAUAUGCGUAUGUCAAAUGACGGCAGUGCUGAGUGCCGUUUCACUAGUAUAUCUCACCGUAGCGAUAUACAUGCCGUAUACUCGAGCGAUAGCUUCAGGUAUCGAUCCCACACCAAUUAUGUGUACCACAACACGAGCAGUCAACAAAGACAAUUGUGACUGGGGAUCCUGUGGAGAGUGGUGUCUUAGCAAGACUUCUGGCGCAUGCAUUCAAAUCUAUGUAAAUGUUAGAAAAAAUGGUUCAUCGUUGUUGCUGUCUGAAUGUGGUAGUGCUGCAAACAAAACCUGCUACGGAAUUGACCAAGAAAACGCCAAGAAGUAUCACUGUAUCCGCGAUGAAUGCAAAAACCUUACAGGCACAUUUAAUUGCACGGAAGGAAAAUGCAUCAACAUUACAGACGCGUUUGAGUGUGCAUUUAGAGAAACAGAUCCUCCCUUAAAAUGUUCCGGUAGAAGGGGAAAAAUAACUUGUAUAGACGUUCAUGGGUUAUUUUAUUGUAAUAGAGGAACUUGUAGAAAAAUACGAACGCCUUAUAAUUGCGACAGGCGCUGUGUUGACAUUCCAACCCGUAACAAAAACGUAAUAGUUUUAAGUGGUGAUAGAGUAUUUCUGGCAAAAUGUGCGAAAUUAGCUCAGGAAGAAGGAGGGCAGGUGGUUUGGAACGAUUCUGGGGAGGAAGUAUUAAUGUUAUCGUGUCACGCAGUCCACAAUGGCACAUCAGGCGUAGUGGCUAUUGAUUGCAUCAACGCAGCUUUGCUUCCGCGUUCUGAUAUAUCAGAUUUAACCAAUUUCACUUACCUGCAGUAUCUGUAUACUACAAAGGCAACACCUAAUCGUCUUAUUGCUCCUUCAGAAGUUGAAUUAACUUUAGCUAAUGACAGUCGCUUGAUGAUCAAUUUAGAAGGUUGUGUCAACACUUUAGCUGAUGAAUGCAAGGAAUUUCUCAAAGAUUAUGGUCGUGAUGGCACCGAUCAUAACGCGAAGGCUAGAUUUCCUUGUUUCUAUAUGGAGAACAGCCCAGAUACGGUCGUAGCAAGAUUUGAUUUGGAGACAACAUACCGUCAAUUUUUGGUGGCAUUAGUGCUUCCUACGGUACUGGUGGUGGUGUCAUGUAUAACUUUGAUGUUAUGUCAGAAAACUGUGGUCGUGGGCGAAGAUGCCAAAAUGAGAUUCAAGAGUUGUACCAGUGGUCAAGCUGAAAUGCAGAUGUCUCCGAACGAUCCUGUUUCCCCACUCUGA